AUGUCAAGAAAAUCUAACCAUUCUCACAGUCAAGGUCAAUCUUCAACUCAAGUUCAAUCUUUAACCCAUGGUCAAUUUUCAACCCACAAUCAAUCAACUCGCGGUAUUGUAAAGCCACCUGGUAGCGUGAAAAAUAUUUGUAAAAUACUACACUUAGACAAAAGGAUUUACCAAGGAUAUCGUAGUGAUCUGCGUGACUUAAUUAAAACUGGCUUUUUAGAUUCAAAGAAAAAGUGGAUUGAUCAGGAUAUGAAACAAGUUUUAAUUAUUAUCAAAAAGUUUAAAGAUAAAAAUCCAUCGUUCCCCAAAUGUGCUAAUGACUGGGCUAUCAAAGAGAUCAUGCGCUCAAUAAUUAAUAAUAAACGGGAAUAUUCAAGAUUUCAUAAGAAUAAGCAAACAAGACCUCGUCAUAAGAAUAAUAACCACCAGCACAACUAUCAGUGUGACCAUCAACGUGACCAUCAGCACCAUCAGCAUGACGAUAAUGACCAUCAGCAUGAUGAUCACCAGCACAACCAGCAACGACCAUCAACAGCAACAGAUUGA